AUGGCGCGACCAACUCGCUCAAAUCAGGCUCCUCUCCAUACCAGAAUAUCCACAGUUCCUUCGCGGCGGCCAAACUCAACGGGGGCGGUUGAUGGUGGUGCUGUUGCUGCGGGGGCGGCGGCAUGCCCGCCCCCAGAUCGUACACGUCCUGCGCUGGCUGCGAGGCGGUACCGUUACGGGUGGGCGUCGACGCCCGCCUCCACACGCACAGGAUGUCCGCGGCGAGGCAGCGCGCGUAGCUGCGCAGGACCGGAUCCUCCAGCGGUUCCGACGACGGGCAGUGGUAUCCGCCUGCGAGAUGAAAGCGAUACACAUUACUUAUAAUUUCACUGAUGUGGUAGUUAAGAAGAAUCAUUUAUUUUAUACGGGUAA